AUGAUCGGGAAGGGAAUGCGGCGGGAAGUCCAAUAUCUCCAAAAACAUCCUCAUAGCUCUCAAUUCCAUCCACUCUGCGAAUCAGCCCCAUUUCAGAAGCUAUUCUCCUACCCAGCAGUGGGUGGAGGUGCAGGUGUUAGGGAGUACCAGACCACGAUCGAAGGCAUCUCAGGUGGAGACCAUACUUAUGAGACCCCUUACGAAUACUAUGAAAACAUUGGCAAUGAAGUCAAUAAAGUCAAUGAAGCCACCACCACUGCCACCGCCACCCAAGAACAAACUGUGAACGUGGGCCAGGCGGUAGCAACAUCUGACGGCAUGAAGCACUUCGUGAGUGUGGAGAGUCAGCUGGGUCACACUCCUGGCAUGACCACCUGCACCUCCUGCGAACAGCAGGUCCUCACCGAGGUGCGGUACAAGAUCGGGGUCUACGCCUGGCUCAUAUGCUUAGCCUUCAUCCUCUGCGGGAUGGUGACUUGCGGUCUGCUCUGCCUUUUCAUGCCCCUCUCCUUCCUCAAGCGCUUCAAAGACGCCUACCACUCGUGCCCUAGGUGCCACCGCGUACUGCACGUGGACAAGAAGAAGUGCUGCCAGAGAGAGUAGAUUAGAGAAAGAGUAUUCAAACUACGCCCACCCAAUGCAAGUGUACUCAAGUUUAGCCUCGUAAGGGGUCCCAAAGUGUCUCCACCUUCUUCUCUUUUUGUGGUGUUUGAUGCCGGCUUGCACAAGAUGUGCGCUACUGCCAUCUACAGAGCUAUGGGAACUCCAUUUAUUUUCAACCGUAAGACUCCAAAGGUCUCCUAACCGAAGGUCUCCUAAAAGGGAAUUAAUCUGACAUCAAAUGGAUCCCGGAAAAGUAGGUGCCUGAAGUAUCUUACUCUAAUCUACUCUCUUUGGUGCUGCUCUUGACCUCUCCACCUUCAUCUUGGCUCUGGGCCUCUGGUGUUCUCUGGUGCCAGAGCAGUCAAUCCCGGGUUCAGAAAAAAAAUGCUAUGCUCCAUAUUUCUUCUGACAGAUAACAAAGUGAAGAGACUUCACUGAGUAGUUACAGUUGUGCAUCCACCCGUUUUGAAUGUCAAACAUGAAUUUCAGCUUUGAUGCUCAGGGCUGGUUGGAUGAAAUUUGUGGCAGUGUUUUCUGUCUGAAUCUGGGAUCGGCUCCUCUGGUCUGGCACACUGAGGGUGGACUAGAGAGGGAAGCGCUUGCUGUGGCUGGAGUAGUUGUUUAUUAUACUGUAGGUAAACUGAAGAAGGUUAUGGGUUAUGAAGAAGGACAGUGACUCUAAGGAUCUUGGACUCCUGGAGUAGUCCCAUGCAAAUCAGUGUCUCUCUGCCAUCUUUGUUACUGUUCGGGAUCAGGAUUUGCACUUGUUAAUCAGAGCAGGCUUGAUCUGUGUUUCAAUGUUAAUAAUAGAUUAUUAUUCGCAUUCUAUGACCUCUGAUCCGCUUCUGAUCAGGUGAUGCUUGAGAUCUUUGCUUCCGAUAGAACACUUUCAAGAACUGCAGGCUGUGCAAUAGAAAACAAAAUGUUAAGACAAGUGGAUUAAUAUUAAAAUGAAUCGGUAUGUAUUUGGUGAUGUUCAACCUGAAAGGAUGUUAUUUUGAUUUUCAUUAAUUUUUCUAUGCAUAUAAAGAA